CCUCUCUCUCUGACCAGCUUCACUGCAAGAGGCACUCACCCUGCAACUGAGUGUAUGUUCACUCAGCCUGGGCAAAGGCAAGGCAGAAAACAUCACAUCCAGUCUCAGUCCUCUGGUGCUUUGUUGUCGCUGGACGCGCAAUUACGCACGGCUACAGCUGCACCGUCCAAGUUCCGGUAUCAGGAUCGCUUUAAUCGAUGUAUUUUGCAACAUUAACGGGACAUCUAUCAUUCUGUCUUCCGUGUAAGUGAAUUCCCAUCUGUAAAGCCUCCCGAAAGUGAUGCGCUGGAAUAUGAUCUCCGCGUAAACUUCUCCUCACUUUUCUUAGUUUCUCUCCGCUCAAAAUCCUCCAUUGAAAAUGCAAAUCCUCCUGUACGCAGCUGUGCUCCUUUACCUCAAGGAGUCUGCCGGCGCAGAGCCGAAAGCCAAGUGUCCAACGCGGUGCGAUGUGAGUACCUGCCCGAGCCCCAGCUGCCCCAGCGGCUACGUGCCGGACCGCUGCAACUGUUGCCUGGUAUGCGCCCAGGGAGAGGGAGAACCGUGCGGCCGCAAGGACGACCUACCGUGCGGGGACGGACUGGAAUGCAAACAUCCGGCGGGCAAACGGCUCUCCAAGGGCCUCUGUCAGUGCAAGUUCAGCCAGGAAGUGUGCGGCAGCGACGGGAAGACGUACGGCAACGUGUGCCAGCUGAAGGCGACCAGCAGGAAGGCUCUGCAGCAGGGACUGCCGGGCAUCACCCAGAUCCAGAAAGGACCGUGUGAGACCAGCAUAGGUCCUUCACAAGCUGCCAGCCCGCGUUACAAGUUCAACUUCAUAGCUGACGUGGUGGAGAAAAUCGCUCCUGCUGUGGUCCACAUCGAACUCUUCCUCAGGCAUCCUCUCUUUGGUCGGAACAUCCCUCUAUCCAGUGGAUCUGGGUUUGUGAUGUCAGAGAACGGACUGAUUGUUACCAACGCCCAUGUAGUCUCCAGCACCACGCCAGUGUCGGGUCAGCAGCACCUCAAGGUCCAAAUGCACAAUGGUGAUGUAUACGAAGCCAGCAUCAAAGACAUUGACAAGAAGUCAGACAUUGCUACUAUUAAAAUCAAUCCACAGACGAAGCUGUCUAUAUUGUUUCUGGGCCACAGUGCAGACCUGAGGCCUGGGGAGUUUGUGGUUGCGAUCGGCAGCCCCUUCGCCCUCCAGAACACUGUCACCACCGGCAUCGUCAGCACUGCUCAGAGAGACGGCAAAGAGCUGGGCCUAAGGGACUCUGACAUGGACUACAUCCAGACAGACGCUAUUAUCAACUAUGGAAAUUCAGGAGGACCUCUUGUCAAUUUGGAUGGGGAGGUGAUCGGCAUCAACACCCUGAAGGUUGCAGCAGGGAUCUCAUUUGCCAUUCCCUCCGACAGGAUCACUCGCUUCCUCAAUGAUUCGCUCGAUAAGCACAGCAAAGAUGUGAGGUCAAUAAAGAAGCGUUUCAUUGGAAUCAGGAUGCUGACUAUUACACCAGCGUUAAUUGAAGAGCUAAAACAGCAGAACCCAGACUUCCCCGAUGUUACCAGUGGGAUUUAUGUCCACGAGGUUGUUCCUCACUCACCUGCCCAUAAAGGUGGUAUCAAAGAUGGUGACAUCAUUGUGAAACUGAAUGGAAAACCUCUGAUGACCACAGCUGACCUGCAGGGGGCACUGCAGGAGGAGACAGCCUUGCUACUGGAGGUCAGGAGGGACAAUGAUGACCUACUCUUUAACAUUGAACCAGACGUUAUUAUGCAGUAGACAUUUGAAGCACAGCUUGCAGAGUUGGACCGACAUCUAAAGUCCCUUUUUUGUGAACAAAGACGUCAGUUGUUGGAAGCUCUUCAUCAGUGCAGUGGAAGUUUUGGCAAACUGGCUGUUAACUGUACCAAAGUAAAAGGAGCCCAUGGACAACCGGGUACAUUGCAGUUUUUCAAAGAUAUACAGCUGUACCUCCCACCUUCUCAGACCAGGUCAAUGACCAGGAACAGAUGCACACAUGUACACCCUACAGAAACCCUAACCUCUUUAAUGUAUGUUAAAUACUUGAUUAUUUGACUUGAUUCUACAUUUUUCAACCUGCAGAAUUUACUGCACAAGUACCUCAAAAAUAUGAUCUUAAUAUCAGGCAAUAAUGGCAACAUCAUAUGGUGCACAUCACAAAAGAUAAAAGCAACCUAAUGAAUGUACAGUUGAACUAAUACGAUUGCUAUUGAAUUUUUAAAAACAAAACAAAAUGAUUGUAUUCUGAUAAUGCUCUUAAGCAUGGUUUUUUUUUUCCAAAAAAGUUCCCAAAAAGUGUCUGAGGUGUCUGGGGGACAUGAUCACCAGCACUCUACAAGUCCAUUAACUCCUCUAGUCCACUGUUCCAUGGCCUGGACAGAAUUUCUGGUUGAUCUAUAUUCAAACCCUCAUCUUUGGUAAAACUAAGUGGGGAGAGCCCUAAGGUUGUAUCACCUCGGAAAGACAUUGGUUCUAAUUGGGUUACUUGUUCCAGGUCUUAAUCCUAAAACCCUACAGAAAUAAUCUGACCCUAGAAAUAUAAAACAGAGAAUGAACAGCCAUUUCAGAGAUUGCCUCCUUCAAAGUAUGUAUUUCACUUCACAUGCACAGCAUUAAGUGCUUGAUCACACUACAAAAUGGCACAGCAAAAUUCAAGGAAACAAAAACAAGUUUGAACCAGAGCCUACCUGAACCCCGGUGAGCUUGACUAGUCCCCAGCAGUUGGCUUACUGGAGCCAGGCCCAGGGCAUCGCCAAUAGUGUACUGAACUCAUCCAUUGUCCAUCACAGUCUCAACAAGCAGCAGUUUUUGUGAUCUUCUUUCUCCUUACUGUCUGCCCUCUACCCGGCUCUUUAUUAGACAAGACCCACUUUUGUGAGAACUGGCAACCAAUAGGACAAAUAACCUGUGCUUGUUGCACAGACUACUUUGUUUGAAAAAUGCUGAAGCGUUUUGAGGGCAACUUCCCAGAUUGGAACUUAUAGAUUUUUCAUGUAAAACUUGAGGAGGAUCUGUGAUAGGUUGUCUUUUUGAUGUAUGUAAUGAGACACAGACCCUGACCUGAGCACAUUUCGUGCUAUGUUUGUGAUAUCUUCUUUGUAAUGCUGUAUUAGCUUUUGACCACUGAUUGAUCCACUGACUUCCAAAUAUAGUGAACAACAUAAUUCAGAUAAUAUUGUAGGCGUACUUGAGCUAGAGACAUUAUGAACAGACUGUACUUGUAUAGUGCCUUUCUAGUCUUCCGACCACUCAAAGCGCUUUAACAUUUCAACCAUUCACACAGUGAUGGCAAAGAUGGUUAGUUCCAUCAAACAAGGAAUUAACUCAUUCAUACACAUUCAUCCACCGAUGCAUAGGGAGCAAUUUGGGGUUCAGUAUCUUGCUCAAGAAUACUUUCCGAUUAUUGGACGACCCGCUCUACCUCUGAGGCACAGCAUAGGCAUCAGUCCAAACCACAUCAUGCUCUAUGGGUGCAAAUGGAGCAUGAUACAGUUCCUUAGCAGGGUUCUCUAGUGACCACAUUGGAGGUCCUUCCCUUUUGCCAGAAAUAGUGAGAAGCUUGCUUGAUUGUUUUUUGUUUUUUCUAACACAAGCGCUGCAUACUGCACCAUUGCUGUGCUCUAGAAUUACUGGUAACUGACCAUUUCAUUACCGACUCAUCCAAAUAUUUGUAUCUUUUUAUAAUAGAAUUUUGUUAGCUAGCUAACCCUCAUAUGUGCUUAAAGCAGCGGUAACUGAUAUUGACUCUGGCUUGGUCCCCACCAUCUUCUGAGACAAAAUAUCUGUCUCUUUAGCUGCUAAAUGCUCCACCAUGUUCACCAGUUUGUAACCCCUCUGUCUCUGUCUGUCGGCAGGUGGUGUACCAUGGGUUUUUGAGAGCUUUUUCAUUAAGAAUAGCAGCAGAAAUGAGGUUGAUGAUCCAAAAUAAGUUGUGGGCCAAAAAACCAAAGAGGCUAAAAAGCUCCAUAGCACUGAGGUAAACUGCAGAGUUUGUAAUAAUUCUCUGUGGAUCUCUGUGGCAAGGGGUCACUAGAAGUGACAGUCACAAUACAUAAAGGCAUUUAUUUUAUUUUACUAUACAAAUAUUCAUUUUCAACAGUCAUUGCAUAGAUAAAAAGACUGCUGGCUACUGAAACCAACAAAAGGUUUUUGUGCUAAAGCUAAAAAAAUCCUGGAUCAAUCUCAGUAGUGUACACAGAGAUGAAAAAUAAUUUCCCUUUUAUUAAAGCUUUCCUUUUAAGGUCUUGUGUGUACAUUUAGGAGGAUCCAUUGUCAGAAAUGCUAUAUAGUAUUCAUAGGUAGGUUUUCAUAGGAAUCAUGUUUUCGUUACCUUAAAAUGGGAGGACUCUACAGUCCUCUAUGUUGAACUGCCAUGUUUCUACAGUAGCCCAGAACGGACAAACCAAACCCUGGCUCUAGAUAGGGCCUUGUUGUGGGCUGUGUUUUUAACCCUAACAAAGUGUAGUUUCAAAGGCAAGUGGUAUUCAGUUGGUUGCAAUCUCCUUAACCAUCAAUUGCCACUUAAUCCUACACACUGGUCCUUUAACCAGCUUUAGUUAAUAGGUAAGUUUCAAACAGACCUUAUGAGCCUCUACAAUAAACACAACAAAACAUUCAGCAGAAUAUAAUAUAUGCCAUUAAUUUCAGAGCUGAGUGUCAGUGUCCAAGCAGAUGUUUAAAAUUGUCAUGUAUCUCUGGUUUAUGGUUGGCAUGAUCUUGAUGCUGUAAGAUGUCUUUCCAUAACCAAAUGUGAACCACGUGUGUUGAUUAAAUGAUGUACUCUGUUGGAACGAAGAGCACAAAAUGUGAGCAUAUUUUUUACGUAGUCUCACCACUGCUGGUGCUGUGGUUCAUAGCUAUUUGUGCUUUUAGUGUGAAUAGACUCAUGCUUUUAUCACAUCGACAAAACCAAAUGUUUACAUGUAAGUUGCCAACAAAGCAAUACUCUACAUCAGCCUUUGGAAGCAACUUUUUUCUCCAAAUAAAGUUUUCAGAAACUUGGAA